ACAGGUGCGCAUGCGUAAAUGAAGCAGGAAAUGACGCUCAUAUUGAGUCGUGGACUAAACAAUUUCUUUUUUGUUUCAUGUUUAUUGUUACCAUAAUUUAAUCAAACACAGCUUAACGUCUCAUUUCAUACAGAUUAAUUUAAUAACAAAUUGGGGUUCUUCAUUGCUGAAACAUGCUCUAUUGACCAGAUGUCUUCCUGUAAGCACCAAUGUUAGCCCGACGCCGGAGAAACAACUCUGAGUCAGAUGAUCAACCAAAUCCAUAUGGUCGCUAUCAAAGUCAAGCCCCAACUACUUUUGUGAGUCAGACCCCACCUGUCCAGACUUAUACCUCCAGUGAAAUACCCCUGGCAUCAUAUGACAGCGACAUGUCAUGUAGGGAUCGCACCCAUGAGUUUAUGUCUGCUGUGAAGUCGCUCCAGGCACACCAAGUCAAUGGAGUCUCGCCUGCAGUCAGGAAGUCUGCGGCAAUCAAGCAGCGGAGUGAAUUCACACAGAUUGCAAAGCGAAUUGGAAGAGAUCUUGCCAACACAUUUGCCAAGUUGGAAAAACUUGCUUUAUUGGCAAAGAGAAAGUCCCUGUUUGAUGAUCGGCCACUGGAGAUCCAAGAGUUGACGUAUAUUAUCAAGGAGGACAUCAACAGCCUUAACAAGCAGAUAGCUCAGCUGCAGCAGCUGGCGCGGGGCCAACAGGGUCAGAAUGGACGACAAAAGCAGAGUCAUUCAAACACAGUGGUUGUGGCUUUACAGUCGAAGCUGGCUUCAAUGUCAAAUGACUUCAAGCAGGUUCUUGAAGUUAGAACAGAGAACUUGAAACACCAGAAAUCUCGUCGGGAGGAGUUUUCCCAGUCCUCGAUGAUGACACCAGUGUCUCAGAAUGGCUUUGGGAACCCAGGCCAGUCGGUUUUGUUGCUAGAUGAAGCAAAACACAGUGGCCAGCAUAGUGGCCAGUCCGGUGGAGAUUUCACUAUCAACUUUGGUGAAGAUGAGAAGUCUCGGUACCAGCAACAACUACAGCUGAUAGAUCAGCAGGAUUCCUAUAUAACCAGUAGAGCGGAGACCAUGCAGAAUAUCGAGUCCACCAUUGUUGAGCUGGGACAGAUAUUCACACAGCUGGUACACAUGGUCAAGGAACAGGAGGAGGCGGUGCAAAGGAUCGACUCUAAUGUAGAGGACACUCAAAUAAAUAUUGAGGCUGCUCAUGGUGAACUGUUGAAAUAUUUCCAAUCUGUGACCAAUAACAGAUGGCUCAUGAUAAAAAUAUUUGCCGUUCUCAUUAUAUUCUUCAUCAUAUUUAUAGUGUUCAUGGCCUAGUGAAACUUUCGUGCUCAGGGAAAGAUGUCGCAAGCUUGGCCUGUGUGCUGGGAAUAUGUGUGUGGAUGGAUCUGAUAAAUUGGUAUUUGUGUCACAGAUUUGAUGAGUUAUGAAGUGAGUUUACAUGGAUAUUAACAGUUAAGUGUUAACGUGUGUGUUCUGUAUCUGUGGAACUAGAAGUGUUUGGAGGACGCCACAUGUUCACCCAAGACCCACAAUAUUUUACACAACUGUGGAUAGAUUCUGCUCACAAGAAGGUUCUGAUUUGUGAGGAUGAAAGUACCAGUGCUCUAUUACGAACCUAUGGAUAAUCAUAUAUGAAAUUUUAAAACAAAACAAAAACAAGCUAGGAGGUAUGGUGGUGAACGGCUGGAUACUAGUAUUCUGCUACUAUUUUGAAGCUCUGAAAAUGUUUGCUAUUUUGAAGCUCUGGACAUUUUUGUUAGUGCAAAAUUGUUAAUAUAUUGGCAAAAACUUAAUUUUUGUCGGUGCAAAAAUGUUAAUAUCUUAACAGAAACUUAACCGUUUUGGUUGAAGUACCUGAAGGGGAUUUCUCCCUUACUUGAACAAUUUUACUAAGUAGACUUGAUAUGUGAUUCUUGACUGUGACAAUUCUUAAUUGUGAUGUUAUGCGACAACGUAUGUGUUUUUGGCCAAAUCUGGUGUACAUAUUUCUAUAUUAUAUGUUAAUAUAUAUAUAUAUGUGUGACUAUCAUAAUUAUGGAACUAUGGUUUUAUUUAAUUGUAAGGGUGACUUCCUUUCCAUGAUCACUAUUUUAAGUAAAGCACCAUAAUUAUAACUGGGUUGAUUAUUUCUCAUUGAGGGACUUUCGUCUUCAUUGCUUCGCAUGGUAACUAUUUACCGGUAGACUGGGCAAAGAGAUUCAAUUUCAUUAAAACUUUACAUCUUCUUCAUUAAGCAUGUAUCAUUCGUAUGCGGUCUCCACAGCUGUCUGUGCGUUUGAGGAUUCAUUUUGUGUACCAACUCACAAUGUUGGACCAGUACUUCGAAGCCUAGUCAUUUAAUGACUUAUUAUUUUGUUUUAUGGUAUAUGGCUAGUUACAUGUUAGAGGUUAAUGGCUUCAUCAUACCUUUAAUGCAAGACAGGGUUGUCUGCCCCUGUCUUUGUCCAUUCAUGCUUGCUGAAGACACCUCCUGGCUUUAAAGCUACUAUUGUAUCUCUUUCAGAUAAAAAUGUGUGUGUUAAAUUAUUGUUAUAAAUAGCUACUUAUAGGAAUUAACAAGGAUCUGUAAUAUUUUGAAGCAUCUUUGAUUAACAUGUAUGUAUUUUAUAGUAAAUUGAUACUUAAACAGUGCAAAGCAUGUUGCAAUUUUUAGACAGAAAACUGUUACUGAUGGAAGUGUUAACUGUGAUCCUAAUGUUA